GAGGGUGGGAGGGAGGGGGAGAAAAAAGCGUGAGAGGGGAGGAAACAGGCAAAGCUGUCAAACAGAACUCCACACUCCACAUCGCUGUUGGAAAAGAGGGAUACGAUUGGCGUUUGAUCAGAUUGAAUGAACAAUAAUAAUAAUUCACAUUUUUCAGUUUCUGGUUGCUAUUCAGAUCACGUGCAGUGAUAUCGGAACUGCACACAGCUGGACUUUCAAAGUUGGACACUCGUGCGCGCGGUUGCGGAGGUGACCGGUUGGAUGCCAUGGAUCCAGAGGUGAUGGAGCGAGAGGCGGAGAAGGAGGCCAAAAGGAAGAUCCAGUUCUCCGUCCCUUCCUCUGGACCCAUCCAGCUUGACCCGCGACAGGUGGAGAUGAUUCGACGUCGGAGGCCGACACCAGCAACACUGUUCAGGCUGACAGACCCUCCAUCUCCAGAGGAAGAGAGUGGUCCCCAUCAGUGGGUGCUGGGGGAAAACGGAGCCUUCAAAGCCAAACUGGUUCACAUGUCAACUUACCAGCCACCUUCACUUACUGCUGUCCAGAGGAUGGCUCAAGCCCACUUGUCUUCCCUUGAUAUGAAGUCAGUGGACAGAGGGGAGACAUCUUCUGAGGAGGAAGAGGAGCAGCAUGACAAGGAGAGGCAGCAGACAGCUUUAGCUACAAAUCCAAGAGACGAAUGCAGGCAACCAAGAGAUCCCUGUGAUCUGCUGAACAGUUCAUCUGGAAGGGCUGGGCUCAGUUAUCACCACGAUGACGAAGACAAGGCCACAGAAAGUGAAGAAGGAAAGGGAGAAUGACACAAAAAAAAGGCAGAGUUUGUGAGGAAUUGCCUUGUACAAUACAUACAUGGUCCUUGUGUGUGUGUGUGUGUGUGUGU